AUGUCAAAAAAUAUUGAUGAUUUGUUUGACGUUUUUGAGGAGAAAGAUGUCGAAAAAAUUCAUAUAAAAAAUGAAGAUGAUAAAUUAGCAAAUAACGAUGUAGAAAUAAAUAAUAAAAAAAAAACUUGUGUAAAACAUGAAGAGGAUCAAGAAAAAAAUAAUAGAGAGAUAUAUGAGAACAAUAAAGCAACAGAAAUAAUAAAUGAUAUAAAAAAAAAGGAUAACCAUUCUAAUAAGGAAAACUUAUCUAAUGAAGAAAAUUAUAAAAUAAAUAUCGAAAACUUAAUUAAUAUAAAAAAAAGAGACAAUAAAGUAAAAAUGCAAAUUAAAGAAGAAAUAUAUAGCGAUAUACAAAAUUUUGAUGGUACUACUAAAAAUGUAAAUAAAAUAAGAAAAAUUUCUGAAGAGAAAAAAAAAAUUCUAGCUAAUUCAGAAGUUGAAGAAAUUUUAAUAGAAAACAGUAAAACAAUAAACAAUGAUGAUGUUUUAGUUUUAGAAGAAUUUGGUAGUGAUGUUAAUUGUAUUCAUAAAUGUGUAAGACCAAGAAGCUAUGUUCAUAAUAAACUAAGUACUCCUUUGACUCCUGCUAGAACGUAUAAAUUUGAAUUAGAUACUUUUCAAAAAAAAUCGAUAGAAUGUUUAGAAAUGAAUGAAAGUGUACUGGUAUCAGCUCAUACUUCUGCAGGAAAAACCGUUAUAGCAGAAUAUGCUAUAGCACUAGGGUUGAGAGAUAAACAGAGAGUAAUUUACACAAGUCCAAUUAAAGCCCUAAGUAAUCAAAAAUAUAGAGACUUAAGUGAAGAAUUUAAAGAUGUAGGAUUAAUUACUGGUGAUAUUUCAAUAAAUCCAGAAGCAUCUAUUAUUGUUAUGACUACAGAAAUAUUAAGAUCUAUGUUAUACAGAGGAUCUUCUUUAACAAAAGAAGUAAAAUGGGUUAUUUUUGAUGAAAUACAUUAUAUGAGAGAUAGGGAUAGGGGUGUAAUAUGGGAAGAAACGAUUAUUUUAUUACCAUUAAUGGUUCGAUUUAUUUUUUUAAGCGCUACUAUACCUAAUGGAAUUCAAUUUGCUGAAUGGGUUAGUAGCAUUAAAAGUCAAGCUUGUCAUAUUAUAUACACAGAUUACAGACCAACCCCACUACAGCAUUAUAUUUAUCCAACAUCUAGUGAAAGUGUUUUUUUAAUAUGUGAUGAAAAUAAAGAAUUUAAAAAAGAUAAUUUUAUUAAAGCUGUUAAUGCAAUCAAAGAAAAAACGAAUACAUCAGAAGAUGGUCAUCACAAUGUAAAUAAAUACACCAAAAAAAUGAGAAAAAAUACUUUCGAUAUUGAAAAAAUUGUUCAAAUGUGUCACUCCCGUAAUUAUACUCCAUUAAUCAUCUUUGCAUUUUCUAAAAAGGAAUGUGAAGUAAAUGCAACAACAAUGCAUAAAAUUGAUUUAACAGAUGAUACAGAAAAAGAAAUAAUAAAAGAAUUGUAUGAAAAUGCUAUUCAAAUUUUAGCAGAUGAUGAUAGAGCACUACCUCAAGUUCAAUUUAUUCUACCUCUAUUAUUAAGAGGAAUUGGAAUACAUCAUGGUGGGUUAUUACCUAUUAUUAAGGAAAUAAUAGAAAUCAUGUUUCAAGAAUCUUUGUUAAAAGUUUUAUUUAGCACAGAAACCUUUUCAAUGGGUAUAAAUAUGCCUGCGAAAACUGUUGUAUUUACCUCAUUGAAAAAAUUUGAUGGAUUAGAAAAAAGGUUAAUUACAUCUGGAGAAUAUAUUCAAAUGGCAGGAAGGGCAGGUAGAAGGGGUUUAGAUGACAGAGGUAUUGUUAUUAUAAUGUUAGAUAGUCCUUUACAUUGGAGAGAAGCAGAAAAAUUAUUUGUAGGUGAAGCCAAUAGAUUGGUGAGCCAAUUUCAUUUAGGUUAUAAUAUGAUUUUGAAUUUGUUAAGAAUAGAAGGAAUAACUCCUGAAUUUAUGAUUGAAAGAUCCUUUAUCCAAUAUCAAACAAAAAAAAAUCUUUUUCAAAAAAUUUUAGCAAAAAAAAAAGUAGAAGAAAAAAUAAAAGAAAUUCACGAUUUUUUGGUUAGUAUUUAUAUAGAUGAAAAUGAUCAGGAAAUAUGUAAAGAAGAUCUUCUAAAAAAAAUUAUGUCAAAUAAUUAUGCAAAAGCAGAACAAAGAAAAAAUAAUGUUAUAAUAGAUAAAGAAAGUAAAAAACAUAUACAUAAAGAAGAAAUAAAAAUGGAACAUAUAAAUAAUGAAGAGAAAGAAAAGACAGAAAGCAAAGAAAAAAAUAUACUCGACUCUGAGAAAGAUAUGACGACAAAAGAAAUUACCCAUGAAAUGAAUACAUUAAAUAAUAACGAUGAUAAUAACAAUAUUAUUAAUAAAGAUUUAAAAGAUUAUAACACUGUUUUUUCAUAUAUAUCUAAUUAUUAUAUAAUUAGACAUAAAUUAAUAGAACUAGGAGAAUCUUAUAGAUCUAUAUUAACAAUGCAAAAAAAUAUAACCCCCUAUUUGGUUCUAGGUAGAUUACUAUAUUUAGUAGAAGACGAUUUAAAGUGGGGAUGGUGUAUUUGUAUAGAAGGUAGAAUUAUUGAAGGAAAAAAUAGUGUUAAUAAUAAUAGUAGUAAUCAUAAUUUCAAUAAAAACAACAAUAAUGAAAUGAACGACAGUGAUAUAUUAGUUGUCGAUUGCCUUGUACCAUAUGAUCAUAAUAAAAAAAGAAAAUUAGUACAAAGCGAUGAUGAAAAGGAAAACGAAAAAAAUGAAUAUAUCCCAGCAAAAGAUAGAUUAAAAGCUAAAUGGAAACUUAUGAGUUUUUAUAUUAAAUGUAUUUAUCAAAUAUCAGCUGUUGUUUUAAGCAUACACGAAUUUGCUAAUAAUAAAAAUGAAGAAGAAAUUGCAAAUGUGAAAAUUAAAUAUAAUACCAUGGUGAAUUGCUUAAAGGGAGAAAAAAAUAUACCAAUAAUAAACCCAUAUCAAAUGGGUAUAAAAGAUGAAAAUUUUUUAACUAUUGUAAAAAAUAUUAAUUUUCAUGAAAAUUUAUUAAAAAAUAAUAAAUUGCUAAAUAAUAAAAACUUAAACAAGUAUUAUCAAAUGUAUAAUAAAUAUGUUGCUUUACAGUUUGAAAAAAAUGUUUUGGAAGCAAAUAUUGAAAAAUGCAGAUUUAUUGUUCUUAAAAAAGAAUUAAAAAAUAUGCUAAUUUUGUUGGAGAGCUUAAAUUAUAUUGAAGUUACCUAUAAUUUAGAAAAUUUUAAAAAUGAAAAAGACAUGAAAAGUAUUGAAGAUUCUACAGAAGAUUUAAAGAACGAACAAAAAGUUGAUGUAAAACAGGAGUUAACUAAUAAUAAUUCUUCUGAAGAAAAAAAUUAUAUUGUUACAAUGAAAGGACAAAUAGCAAGUGCAAUUUUAAGUGUUGAUGAAUUAGUUAUAUCAGAAUUAUUUUUCUCAAAUUUUUUUAGUAAAUAUAAUUAUGAUUAUAUAUGUGCUUUUUUGUCAUGUUUUGUUUACGAUGAAUCAACAAAUAAAGAAAUUUCUAUUAAUGAUCCUAUAUUAAUAGAAGGAUAUCAACAGAUAAUUAAAACUGCAACUAAUGUAGCUAAUAAAAUGAAUCAAUGUGGAAUGAAUAUCAAUUUGAAAGAUUAUUUAGAUAAAUUUAAAUCAGCCAUUAUGCCUAUUGUUUUAUUAUGGGCAAGAGGUCAUUCUUUUAUGGAGAUUUUAACAGAUUCUCAAAUAUAUGAAGGAUCAAUAAUAAGAACUUUAAGACGCUUAGAUGAACUACUAAGACAAAUGAUAUGUGCCUUUAGAGGAAUAAAUAAUGACAAUAUGUGUGAAAUUUUAACAGCAGCAACUAAAAAGUUAAGACGUGGUAUCCCAUUUUCCCCAUCUUUGUAUUUAUAA